CGCACGCACGCACGCACGCACGCCGUCCCGCACGCACGCCUUCUCCUAGGCGCGCCGCCGCGGUAACUGGCUGGUACACCAGCUGCGCUGUCCACCCAGCCGACGAGAUGCUGCGGGCCUGUCAGUUGUCUGGCGUGUCCGCCGCCGCCCAGAGUUGUCUCUGUGGGAAGUUGGUUCUCCGUCCCUUGCGACCAUGCCGUAGAUAUUCUACUUCAGGCAGUUCUGGGUUGACUGCUGGCAAAAUUGCUGGAGCAGGCCUUUUGUUUGUUGGUGGAGGUAUUGGUGGCACUAUCCUGUAUGCCAAAUGGGAUUCCCAUUUCCGGGAAAGUGUAGAGAAAACCAUACCUUACUCAGAUAAAGUCUUUGAGAUGGUUCUUGGUUCUGCACCUUAUAAUAUUCCACUGCCAAAGAAGCCGAUUCAGUCUGGUCCACUAAAAAUCUCUAGUGUAUCAGAAGUAAUGAAAGAGUCUAAACAGCCUGUCUCACAACUCCAAAAACAAAAGGAAGACACUCCAGCUUCAACAACAGCACCUACAGAGGCAGCUCAAAUUAUUUCUGCAUCAGGUGACACACUGUCAGUCCCAGCCCCGGCGGUUCAACAAGAGGAAUCUGUAAAAACCGAUCAGCCUGAAAUUGGUGAAGGGAAACCCACACGUGCCACUUCAGAGGAAGCAUCUUCAUCUUCUAUAAGAGAGCGCCCACCUGAAGAAGUUGCAGCUCGUCUUGCACAGCAGGAAAAGCAAGAACAAGUUAAGAUUGAGUCGCUAGCCAAGAGCUUAGAAGAGGCUCUGAGCCAAACUGCUCGCACCACUCUGCAGGCAAUUGCGGCUCAGAACACCGCGGUCCAGGCCGUCAAUGCACACGCCAAUAUAUUGAAAGCAGCCAUGGACAAUUCCGAGAUUGCAGGUGAGAAAAAGUCAGCUCAGUGGCGCACGGUGGAGGGUGCAUUGAAGGAGCGCAGGAAGGCAGUAGACGAAGCUGCAGAUGCCCUUCUCAGAGCCAAAGAAGAGUUAGAAAAGAUGAAAAGUGUAAUAGAAAAUGCAAAGAAAAAGGAGGUUGCUGGGUCCAAACCUCAUAUAACUGCUGCAGAGGGGAGACUUCACAACAUGAUAGUCGAUCUGGAUAAUGUGGUCCAAAAGGUCCGAGCAGCUCAGUCUGAGGCUAAGGUCGUAUCCCAGUAUCACGAACUGGUGGUCCAAGCCCGGGAUGACUUUAGACGAGAACUGGAUAGUAUUACUCCAGAAGUACUGCCUGGGUGGAAAGGGAGGAGCAUUUCUGACCUAGCUGACAAGCUGUCUCCUGAUGAUCUGAACUCCUUGAUUGCUCAUGCCCAUCGUCGCAUCGACCAGCUAAACAGGGAGCUGGCAGAGCAGAAAGCCAUAGAGAAACAGCACAUUGCAUUAGCCUUGGAAAAACAAAAGCUGGAGGAAAAGCAGGCAUUUGACUCUGCAGUGGCAAAAGCAUUAGAACGUCACAGAAGUGAAAUACAGGCUGAACAGGACAAAAAGGUAGAGGAAGUCAGAGACGCGAUGGAGAUUGAAAUGAGAACCCAGCUCCGCCGACAGGCUGCUGCCCACACCGAUCACUUGCGAGAUGUUCUCAGGGUACAAGAGCAGGAACUGAAAUACGAAUUUGAGCAGGGCCUGUCAGAGAAACUCGCUGACCAAGAAUUACAGUUUCGCCGUCUUAGUCAAGAGCAAGUUGACAGCUUUACCCUGGAUAUAAACACUGCCUAUGCGAGACUGCGAGGAAUCGAACAGGCUGUUCAGAGUCAUGCAGUUGCUGAAGAGGAGGCCAGGAAAGCCCACCAGCUAUGGCUUUCAAUUGAGGCUUUAAAGUACAGCAUGAAGACGGCAUCGGCAGAUUUGCCCACUGUUCCACUGGGCAGUGCCGUGGAGGCCAUCAAAGUCAGCUGUUCUGAUAACGAAUUUACCCAGACUUUAACCGCAGCUAUCCCUUCAAAGUCCCUGACCCGAGGGGUGUACAGUGAAGAGACCCUUCGAGCCCGUUUCUAUACUGUCCAAAAACUGGCUCGAAGGGUAGCAAUGAUUGAUGAAACAAGAAAUAGCUUAUACCAGUACUUCCUCUCCUACUUGCAGUCCCUGCUCCUGUUCCCUCCUCAGCAACUGAAGCCACCAGUGGAGCUCAGCCCUGGGGAUGUAAACACAUUCAAAUUGCUGUCAUAUGCCUCCUAUUGCAUUGAGCACGGUGACUUGGAGCUGGCAGCCAAGUUUGUCAAUCAGCUGAAAGGGGAGUCCAGACGAGUGGCACAGGACUGGCUGAAUGAAGCCCGAAUGACCCUAGAAACGAAACAGAUAGUGGAAAUCCUGACAGCAUAUGCCAGCGCCGUAGGGAUAGGAACCACUCAAGUGCAGCAAGAGUAAGGUAUAGGAAGAGCUUUUGUAAAGUCGUAUUUCACGUCAAAGGAAAUCAGCAGUGAUACAUGAAGGGUUUGCAACAAGAGCACCAGAAUUGUCUAGAAAUGAGCAGGUUACAGAUACUAUUCUAAAUGUUAACACUUGUUGCAUUUAUAUUAUUCCCACUUGCUAUCAUGUCAGUGAACUCCAGGAGUGCUUUCUUGCAACUUGUGUAACAUUUUCCGUUUUUUUCAGGUUUUACUGAUCGGGCUCAUGAGCCAAUCAAAAUAAUGUUUGUGAUCCCUACCACUAUUGAUUUUGCCUUGGAGCAAACUGAAUAAAGCAACAAGAUGAAAACUGA